AUGCCCAACAAAGCUCAAGAGGAUGCCGUCAUCAACCUGAAGACACUGCAGGAGAUGUCCAGGCAGCUUGGCUUUGAGUGGACAGUUCUGGCGUAUGAGCUUGGCUUCAACAGAACCGAGGUCGGGCGCUUCCACACCAAAUCUGCGGAGAGGAGCGUCCAGGCUCGGACCAUGUUGGAAAGCUGGUAUGAGAAGUCAUGGGACAAGCCCAAUAAGACCAAGCUGCUGCAGGACGGGCUGGAGCGGGCGGGCAGACGGGACCUGGCUGAGAGGCUGCGCUGCCUCCACUGGGGCCACCAGAAGCUGAGCAAGAGGGUCGAGUUGCCCUCGGCCUUCCCCUUCCUCAUCACAGUCCACAAGACCAUCCACAACCAGGACGGACUGCGCAGGAUCAAUGACCUCAACCGCAGAUUCACUUAA